UUCCUCCUUCAUCCUCCUCCUCCUUGCGGCUGAGCGGCAACUGACUCUCCACUUUGAUCUCUGCAAUUCUGUGAAUCCCUAAUGGCUCCAAAGAAGGACAAGGCACCCCCUCCAUCCUCAAAGCCUGCGAAGUCUGGUGGAGGGAAGCAGAAGAAGAAGAAAUGGAGCAAGGGAAAACAAAAGGAGAAGGUGAACAACAUGGUUUUGUUUGACCAAGCAAUAUACGAUAAACUUCUUUCUGAAGUUCCAAAGUACAAGCUCAUUACUCCUUCUGUCCUAUUUGACAGAUUGAGGGUAAGAUAUGAGAUUAACAUGUUUUUGUUUUAGCCUUUUAGUGUAUUGUUUUGAUGUUUUAUUAGAAUUAGAACUAUAGAAUGGAUUCAUUGGUUCAAGUUUUGGUUAGGCUUUAAGAUGAAGGAACUGUCAACUAUUUUUUUACUUUCUGUUGCACAUGGUGUUUUAAUGCGCUUUCUAUGAUAUGGGUGUGGUUGUUUGAGGAGAUGGAUUUGAUUUCGACCUUAAAAUGAUUGUUGCAAUUCAGUUUAUCAUAUAGGACCUAUUUCUUUUAGCUUUUCUUCAUUUUCAUUACAUUGCUUGUGUAUUUGUAUAGUGCAGGAUUCUUUGAGGAGGGUCAUCUAUUUGUGUUUUAAUGGAGCUCCCUUCAAUAAAUAUUUUUCUUCCCU